AUGACCUCAACAGAGACGCGGGAGAACAUCUCGACAAACGAAAAUGGCGAAUUUGAGGUUACAGAGACAGCGACAGCCAAUGGCACGAAGAGGGACGAACCCAGUCCGCUGGCCAAGGCUCCGGCUGUGUUAAUGCCUAAUGAGCAUACCGCAAUAUUAUACUUGUAUCUUACGUUCGACACAUCUCUGCCUGUUGUCAACAACAACCCAGAACGAGAAGACCAGCCACCACCUCCACCGCAGCCAGACUUGUCGCGUUUCCGCAACCCAAUUUAUUGGCCACAGCACCGCAAGAAUGUCAUGCUUGCAUUGUCUUGCAUCGCCACCUUUUUGGCGGCCUACACGGCGGGUUCAUACUCACCACCAGCUCGCACAAUGGCCAUGGACCUUGACAACGGCACGGCCUCGCACUUGGGGGUCUUGGCAGGAAUUUCAACCUUCUGUUUGGGAUUCGCCCUUGCACCUAUGGCCCUCGCCCCCGUGUCCGAGAUCAACGGCCGAUACCCGGUCUUUAUCGUCGCCAACGUGGUCUUUACCGCCUUCCAAGCCGCGUGCGGGGCUGUGAAGUCACUGGCAGGCAUGUUGCUCUGUCGGUUCGGAACGGGCGUUGGUGGCUCUGUAUUCAGUAGCAUGGUUGGUGGUGUCAUUGCGGAUCUUUGGGACGCCGAGGGACGCAACACACCCAUGACCCUCUUUUCUUGUGCUGUGCUUCUGGGCACCGGCAUCGGUCCAAUGGUCGGGGCUUCGUCGUUUUUCACUAUGGAGGGCAAGGGGAUGUGGCGAUGGGUCUUCUAUCAUCAAGCUAUCGCCUCGGCUGUUCUGAUGAUUGUAUUCGCUAUUUGCUUCAAGGAAAGCCGGGGGCCGGUGCUGCUGUCUCGUAAAGCAAAGGCGCUGAACAAGUGGUAUGAAGAUAUGGAAGCCAACGGAUAUUAUGGUACCUGGGUGGGCGACGAGUUUCUGCACCAGACCUCGUCUGUGUCCGUCGGCGGGUCGGGGUCCGAGUCUACCACAAUCGCUGGUACUCCGGAUCUGACGCCGCAGGAUGCCGACAGCUACGAUGAAGAAAAGGGCGACCCAUUAAGGCGAAACUCAUCAACCUCAACCCCAGUCACCCUUCGAAGGAUCCGAUGGAGGACCAAGUCCGAUGAGGAACGCACCUCUAUCGUCAAGAUGAUGUCUGUCUCGGUCUCGCGGCCAUUCCACCUCCUCUUCACUGAGCCCGUGGUCUUCUGGUUUGCGCUCUGGGUGUCAUUCGCCUGGGCAGUGCUCUAUCUCACCUUUGGUUGCAUUCCCCUUGUGUUCACCACAAUCUACGGCUGGAGUGUGGAUGCCUCGGGCCGCGUCUUUGUGGCCAUGUGCGUGGGUUCCAUCCUCGCCACCGCCGUGAGCAUCUACCAGGAGCGCCUCCUAUACCACCCAAAAUGGAACGCCGACUCGGACGUCGACCCGGCGACGCUGUCACAGUGGUGGCUGUUCCUCCGCCGGCGCUUCCCCACCAACGUCCCCGAGUCGCGCCUCUACUUCACCUGCAUCACCGCCGCCCUCCUCCCCAUAGGCCUGUUCGCCUUUGGUCUGUUGUCCCGCGCCGACCUGCACUGGAUCGGCCCGGUCGCGUCAAUUGCCGUCGCCACCGUCGGCAUCUUGUCCGUCUACCUGGCCUCCUUCAACUACCUCGCCGACGUGUACCAGGAGUAUGCCUCGUCGGCCAUCGCGUCCCAGAGCUGCUGCCGGAACCUGAUGGGCGGGGCGUUCCCGCUCGUCACGGGCCUGCUAUUUCGCAAUCUGGGCCCCGCCAACGCUGGCGUCCUUCUCGGCUGCAUCGCCGCAGCCCUCACCCUGGUGCCCUGGAUUUUGGUGGCGUAUGGGGAGCGAAUUCGGGCGAGAAGUCGGUUUGCAAUGUCUCUGGAUAAGAUUUAA